UCGCAGCGAAUUCAAAGCUCAGCGCCAAGUAUUGACUAUUCAAGGAGACCCGACGGGUAAUACGCCUUGAUAUAGGGGUGAAGCGACGGGCGUGUUUAGCUCUACAAGCUCAAGGCGGCUCAACAGAGGCUUUGACGAGGUCCGGGCCGAUGCAGAUAAAGCAUCCGUGAACGUGACGUGACUGUCACACGCUUCGCUCUUUCCACGACGACGACGACGACACUGAUGAUGACGGGUGCGAGCAUGUACGGGCAGCAGAGACAGCGCCAGAGCAUCCUAGUCCUUUUCUUUCUUCUCAUUCUUCCCCUUGUAGCCCUUGCUCAGUCAAACACUGGCAGCGCACAAGUUUCUACGAUAUUCUCAGUAGCGUCGUCUGGGACAGUGACAUCAAUAGCUACUAUCCUUACCACCAUAACGAAUACCGCCUCAUCCUCCUCUGCGUCGGGCAACAGCUCAUCAUCUGCAUCGGGGAACAGUACAAGCACUGCAUCAGGCAAUAGUACUGCUACAAAAUCUCAGUCGCACACCAGCGACACUUCUACGACACCGAGCAAUCUACCUACGGCCUCAACAGAUGGAGUAAAUGGAGGUGGAGGAACAGCUGGGGCACCUUCGCCCGGAGCUACUGAUUCGAGUGGGAACAAAUAUGGACCGGAUGAUAGUUAUAUUGCGGGGGCGACGGCGUUGCAGAGAAACGGACUGUUCAUUGGAUUGGUGGGACUUGUUGUUGGGGUGGUGAUGACUCUGCUCUGAUCUCUCUUUCAUUGAUGG